AAGAUACUCAGUUCCAAGUUUGGAGCUUUUAGCUGCCAGCCCUGGCCCAUCAUGUAGCUGCAGCACAGCCUUCCCUAACGUUGCAACUGGGGGAAAAAUCACUUUCCAGUCUGUUUUGCAAGGUGUGCAUUUCCAUCUUGAUUCCCUGAAAGUCCAUCUGCUGCAUCGGUCAAGAGAAACUCCACUUGCAUGAAGAUUGCACGCCUGCAGCUUGCAUCUUUGUUGCAAAACUAGCUACAGAAGAGAAGCAAGGCAAAGUCUUUUGUGCUCCCCUCCCCCAUCAAAGGAAAGGGGAAAAUGUCUCAGUCGAAAGGCAAGAAGCGAAACCCUGGCCUUAAAAUUCCAAAAGAAGCAUUUGAGCAACCUCAGACCAGUUCCACACCACCUCGAGAUUUAGACUCCAAGGCUUGCAUUUCUAUUGGAAAUCAGAACUUUGAGGUGAAGGCAGAUGACCUAGAGCCUAUAAUGGAACUGGGACGAGGUGCGUACGGGGUGGUGGAGAAGAUGCGGCACGUGCCCAGCGGGCAGAUCAUGGCAGUGAAGCGGAUUCGAGCCACAGUAAAUAGCCAGGAACAGAAAAGGCUACUGAUGGAUUUGGAUAUUUCCAUGAGGACGGUGGACUGUCCAUUCACCGUCACCUUUUAUGGCGCACUGUUUCGGGAGGGUGAUGUGUGGAUCUGCAUGGAGCUCAUGGACACAUCACUAGAUAAAUUCUACAAACAAGUUAUUGAUAAAGGCCAGACAAUUCCAGAGGACAUCUUAGGGAAAAUAGCAGUUUCUAUUGUAAAAGCAUUAGAACAUUUACACAGUAAGCUGUCUGUCAUUCACAGAGACGUCAAGCCUUCUAAUGUACUCAUUAAUGCUCUCGGUCAAGUGAAGAUGUGCGAUUUUGGAAUCAGUGGCUACUUGGUGGACUCUGUUGCUAAAACAAUUGAUGCGGGUUGCAAACCAUACAUGGCCCCUGAAAGAAUAAACCCAGAGCUCAACCAGAAGGGAUACAGUGUGAAGUCUGACAUUUGGAGUCUGGGCAUCACGAUGAUUGAGUUGGCCAUCCUUCGAUUUCCCUAUGAUUCCUGGGGAACUCCAUUUCAGCAGCUCAAACAGGUGGUAGAGGAGCCAUCUCCACAACUCCCAGCAGACAAGUUCUCUGCAGAGUUCGUUGACUUUACCUCACAGUGCUUAAAGAAGAAUUCCAAAGAACGGCCUACAUACCCAGAGCUAAUGCAACAUCCAUUUUUCACCCUACAUGAAUCCAAAGGAACAGAUGUGGCAUCUUUUGUAAAACUGAUUCUUGGAGAUUAAAAAGCAAUGGACUUAAUCGGUUGACCCUACUGUGGAUUGGGAAAUAAAACCUGAAUUCCAGAGCCUUCAAAAGAAAUUAUCCUUCCAGGGGAAGCACAUUGCCACCAAAUACAUCACUCGCUACCUGUUCCUGGUGACUACACAGAAGAUGUGUUAUUUUUCUGAGGUUUAGAAAGUCAUUGUUUACAGCUAUGCAAAUAUCAUUGUGCUAUUACAGAUUUUUCUGAUGAAGUAGUUUGAAAUCAAGACGUUAGUUGAAGGUAAUCUUUUCAGUUUCUGAUCCAAAUUUCUUUUUCAAGCAAAAUUCCUCUGAAAGCCUCUUUCCUUAUAGAGGUGAUAAAGGCACUAGCCUAAGCAGAAACAUAAAAUAAAAAACUCUGUAGUAGGGAAUUUUUGUUGGUGAGAAAUCAGUAUUGUCUUGUAACACAAACACAUAUUAAUAGAACUUAAAAAUAUUCAGCCUAAUUCCUUGGGACUUUCAGUAUCUUGACAUCACUUGUAUUAUCAUUUCAACUUGGAAAUUGAGCCCUUUAUUUUUGGGAGUUUACAGUUAAAUUUUGGAAGACUUGUAUUUCUUUCUUAGAUGUUGUCAGUAUGAAUAGAAUUUUUUUGUGGGCAGUUCAUCUUGAUGUGCACCGUAGCUUUGUCCAGUUUAUACUUUUGCAUUUCUGAGAUUCAGGGUCUUUCUUAAGAAAGGAGGCUAAUGUUUAAGACCUGGAGGCUGAAUUCAGGGAGAGUAUUGGCAAGUUUAAGCACUUCCUUGUGUCUUAAUGUGGGAAACAGAACUUUCUAAGUAAUCUCUGGAGUUUGUAGCUUAGACCAGGCCUUCAAAAGUCUCUGUUUUCCUUUGCUGCAGUUUGCUUGUUAUUUCUCUGCCGGUCACAGAUGACCUGGACUGACUUAAUGUUUUUGUGGUAAGGAACUGAUCUGGCCAUUUUUAUAUAUCAAAAAUCAAAGUCAACAAUUUUGUAUCAGUCUGCCUAAAUGAACUCUAUUGUUUCCAGUUCUUAAAAAGUUAAGGGCUAUCUCAGAAAAGUUUAAGCGAAACCCUCAUUCAAAACAUGCGACCUUAUAAUAAGAACUUCCUUUAAAAGACAAGCAGCGAGGUUGGGUAUCCGAUUUCGCUAAGUAAUAUUCUACUGUGGUCGGAAAUGAGUCAUUUGCAUCAUUUGGUCACUACCAAUAUUUGUACUGGAGUCUGCAAGAUAUUUCAACAAAGUAAGUCAAACCACUGUCUUAGGGGAUUGUUGCUGGACUUUGGAAUAUAAGACUGAACAGUGAUGUGAAGUCAUGUUUGGAGGCUGGAAGAAGAGAUAAAUGCAAAGGGUGGUGCUAAAUUAGGAACCCCUUGAAGGAGCAAGCUGAUUAAAAAGAAAGCUGGCAGACAAGUAUAUCCUUUAAUUUAUUUGCAGUGUUACUGUAUUAUAGAGAUGAUUUCCUAUGGGAAAACCCAUAAAAAAGUCAACCCUUUAUUGUUAUUUUUUCCUUAAAAAUACUAAGCUAUAAGAAGUUUCAGAGAGUGGCGUUAAUUUGGAUAUCAGAACAUUUUCUUUUGUAUCCCUAGUGUUAUUGAUUUGAAGGAGCUACCAUUUCAGACAGAUGGCUGAACAAAAGUAAAUGAUUAACGGGAAAUAUGAUGGUUGAGAAGAAGGAACAGUAUGCCUCAAGCAUUUUUAGAAUAUACACCUCAUCCAUCAGCCUCCUCUGGGUAAAGAAGCACAAAUACCAAAACCUGAGCUCCUUAACCUUUGGUUCCAGAGGGCAGACAUUUUUAAGAAAGGUGGAUGUUAGAGAAGGUUACCUGAUGAGCAGACUUCUUUCCCAUAAUGCAGAGAACUGUGAAUGUUCUUAGAAAUACACUACAAGUCUUCACCAGAUGAACUAGAUUUUAUCAUUUUAAAAUAUAAUACUGAAAGCCAGUUUGAAGUUUCAGAAGCCAUGCAUUAUAGGGAAGAAGUAGUUGUUUUAUUUUAUUUUUCUGAUCUCAAGUUGUUUGUCCUGUUGUAUGUCCAAUACUUGGGGAGAUAAGAGUGAGGUACAGCUGUGGUUUUCAGACCAUAUUCACUGGUGCCUCUGAGGGUCUCUUGUUGUGAACAGAAGGGAAAGAGCGUGUGAUGAAGGUGAACUCUGCCUAUCUGAACCUCUGUCAACCUCCAGUCAGAAUAUCUGGCUUCUAGUAUUGUUCCUUUUAACUGGAAGUCUCUGUGGCCAUUAAACACUUGGGAACGUUGGAUUAAAUGACCACUUUAGAACUUUAAACAGUCUCAAAUAUGGGAAAUGUUAUAGCCAACCAUGGCUGUGAGUCCCUGGCUUUUACUGUAUUGAGUAUGCUCACAGAGAUAGGGAGAUAGGUGGCAAGAAGACAGGGUCAUUUAAUUUUAAUUGAGCAUAAAUCAUUUUGAAAGAAAAGUGCAAGGAAUUGAUGUGUGACAGCCAUGCGUUAUAGAUCCUUACAUGGGGUAUUUUCCUAAAGUGGUUGAGAAAGACCUGAUCUUUGUUCACCAUCUCAGUGACAAGGAGUGGAGUGACUGGGCUCUUCAUAUGCAGUGGAAUUUUUACAUUUCUAGGUUUGCAGAGGCAGGAGUUACCAUUUUUGUUCAUUGACCUAUCAGAAAAAAAGCAAAUCCUUUGGACAGUGUUGACACAGACAGGGUAUGGUCUGAGACUCAAGCUAACAGAGCUACCCCUUGCUGCAUUUUACAAAGGUGUUAUAGGUGGAGAAGGGUAAUGGAAACCUGGUACAGCUUUUAGAAGCUGGAAGCUAUGGUGGUGUAUCUGUCAUGAACUGCACACAAGGGAAUGCUUCACCACCAACUGAGUCAUAUCAGGUGCCUUGUACACACACAUAAAGAGUCUGGUGAAUUCUGACAGUGUUAUGUUUGCCACUAGAGCAAAUUUAACAGCUGGGGUUUCAUAGCAACUGUUUCAGAACACUAUAUGUGCCAAAAAUUUACAUUGGGCAGCAGUUUGUAGUGUUCUUGGCCAAUCUCUGCAUAAAAGCCACUUGAGGAGUUUUGAUUAAGAAAAUUCUGUUUAUCUCCUGUAUUACCUCUGUGUUUGAUUGAUUCUUUAGUCUCAAAUUUAUUUUCUGAGUGGAGUGAUUUUCUAUAUGAACUGAAAUGAUGUUUUAAUAGAAUAAUAGGUAUUUUUAGAGGAAAAGUAUUUUGUGUGUGUGUGUGUAAUUACACAACUAGGACAUAUUUCCUAUGACACUGAGUCAUCAAAUUAAGUCAUUUAAAACUGAAAGAGGUGUUAGGAAUGUAGUUUCAAAUUAUUUAAAUACAUGAACAGUUUUCUAUAUAUUUUGUGAAAAUCUUGAGGAGACACUAGAAUUUCUUUAUGGAAUUGAACUUUACAAGAAUUUUAAUAAAAGAGGUGGAUUUCUUCAGCUUUCUUUGUGCUUCAGUUUCAUAGCUGAAAAUGCUGCUUCCAUUUAUUAAUAUGGUCUUUGUAAGAAAACACAACAACACGUUUUCUUACCUUCUGUAAAUUUUGAGAUAGACACAUGUUAUUUGUAUAUAUGAUUGAUUGUUUGCCUAUGUUGCACCCUAAAGUUAUUUUCAAACCAUUGUCUAUUGUAAAGAGAGCCUUUGGGCAAGUGGAAAAUGCCCUGAUGCUAGAAUGAGGUAGUUCCAUAAGCUAGUUAGGAGCUUGCUACCUCUUGUUGAUACCUGAAAUAUUCUGAAAGGAGAUUGGAGAGGUCCUAUGCACCCCUGUCUUUCAAAACCCAUCUCCAACACUUCAAAGUAGUGUCUCUGGGGAGUUUGAAAUAAAAGAAUGAAUGCUAUUCAGUGGAUUCCCUCAUUGAGGCCCCCAUCUUUCCUGCCAGGUGCAGCUUUUUCUGGGUGGAAUCAUCUCUUCUUUAUGGAUUGCCGCAUUGUCUCUUUGUGAAUGAGGCAGGCUGAACUGUAGAGCACGAAACUCAUUAGAAGUUUAUAAAGGAAAGACCUCUAAAGCAUGUGGGUGGAGUGUUUCCAUGCUCUUGAGGUGAAUAUUAAAGUUAAAUUCUGGCCUUUGGGAACUCUUUGCUUGUGAGCUGAAGAAGGAAAGAAGGAGUUGGGGGUGUAUAUCAAAUUUUGUGUUUUUCUAUAUGGAAAUAUAUGAGCAUCAAGUGAUCACUUCAAUAAGGCCUCAGGAUUGUAUUUAAAAUACCUGUUUUGUGGGACAGCAUGCCUUUGUUUUCUUUGCCUGUUGGCUUUGGUGGCUCCAAACAUUUUCAUUUUAGGCUGGCUUUCCUGUUACCCAGGUUGUGUGCAUUUUUUUUUCAUUUGAACUAUUGUUUAUCAUUAUUAAUGAUGUUAUCUCAAAAUCCUAAAGCCAAGGAAAUAGCCAAUAUGCAGGACUUGCAGUAGAUAUAAGCAUUGGUGUUAAUGUAGGUUAAGUUUUAAUAGUGUUCCCAGAAAUAUACUGAAUUGAGGGAUAAUAUAGCUUUAAAGAAAUUAUGUUUGUUUUUAACAUUUGGAGAAGCCACCUGUCCUGGGUCCCUAUUCUUGAGACACUCAUCUUUUCAUGCAAACACCAUUGAUGGGGGACAAGCCUGGAUGAUUGACUUCUAUCAGUCAAUAGACAAAGAAUUAUAGUAGUUGCCAAAGGUGAGGGUAAUUUUGCCUUACAAGUAUGUGGGUCAUUCUGUGGUGAAAUUUCCCAUCACAUCUAGUGAAAAACAACCUUUUCAUUUCCCUCCUUUCUAAUCCAAGAUCAUAUUUUUAAAGUAGGUUUCUGAUGUAUCACGAAAUAUUUCUGUGAAUCUGUGUUUUUGACCAAGGAAAUGGCUGAGAUGUUAAACCACAUGGUUGUUCCCCGGUUCAUCUGGCUACCGUUCUGGGUCCCCUCUGACCACCUCAAAAAGAAAAUGAAAUUGGGAGAUUAAAUCAAGCUUGACCUCCUCUUUUAAUGAGGAACUUUCACAUCGACUUCCUAUCUCAGGAUAUUCUUCAGUUUCAUACUGCUGAGGAGAAAGGAACAAGCUGCAGACACUGUAACUGGUCUCCAGAUGUGUGUAUAUGCGUGUAAAACUUCACACCGUGUGUGUUUUGUUCAAUGUUGUGUCAAUCUACAAACUGACUCAAACAACAGUUUAACGAUAGAGAAGACAGUGAUAAUGGCAAAAAAACACCCAACCACCUUUUUCCGUCAAAGUGCUUGCUAUGACUUUCAUAGCUGGGCCAAGCAACAUUAAGUAUUCAGGAGCAAAGUGUUCUUGAAAGAAAUGGUGUGUUGAUCUCAUAAGAAAAUGUACAACCAAUAAAAGACAUUUUAAAAAGCGUA